AAAAAGAGCUUGCCUUUCUUGGAUGUCAAGCGUCUGCUCUGCUAGGUGCUAGCUAGUGUAAGGUCUCCGUUCCUAUAUCCCUGCCUGCGCGAGAAAAAGGGAGGAAAAGGGCAGGAAAAUGGAGGCCGCGGGGAGAGCAGUGUUGGUGUCACGGCCAGUGACGUUCGUAACUGGAAAUGCCAAGAAGUUGGAGGAAGUCAAGACCAUCUUGGGCCAAUCGAUUCCCUUUCAGUCCCUCAAGCUUGACCUGCCUGAACUGCAAGGCGAACCGGAAGAAAUAUCCAAAGAAAAGGCUCGUUUGGCUGCUGUCCAGGUGAAUGGACCGGUGUUGGUGGAAGAUACAUGUCUUUGUUUCAAUGCUCUAAAGGGUCUUCCAGGGCCAUACAUCAAGUGGUUUCUGCAGAAGAUUGGCCAUGAAGGUUUAAACAACUUGUUGAUGGCAUAUGAGGAUAAGUCAGCUUACGCAUUAUGUGCAUUUUCUUUUGCUCUUGGACCUGAUGUUGAACCUAUUACCUUUCUUGGGAAAACUCCGGGAAAAAUAGUUCCUGCUAGGGGACCCAAUGACUUUGGAUGGGAUCCUAUUUUUCAACCUGAUGGCUAUGACCAAACAAUUAUGUCCGGAUUCCUAUAGAUAUGCAGAGAUGCCGAAGGAAGAGAAGAACAAGAUUUCUCACCGUUAUAGGGCUCUUGCUAUGGUGAAAUCCCACUUUGCUGAAGCUGGAUACAGUUUUAGUACUCCAUCUAAAGAGUGAGCUAAAGAUCUUCAUUGUUGCCAUUGCAUGGUAGAUUGUCAGACAAUUGCAAGCUUUCUCCAGCGUCUUCACUUCUCCGGAUUCCUGUAAAAGGUCUGUGGUGAAAAAGCAGGGUAGCGUGGAAGAAGGCUUGUAUAGUACUUGCUUUGUUUUAACAGGGAAAACAAUAAAUAUUACAAUUUUAUACAGAUAUGUUUGCUUAGUGCCUAGUGGGGAAAAAUCUCCCCUACUAAAAAUCAUUGGGAACCACCGUGCUUUUAACUUCGUUAAAAGGAUGUUUCUUAUUUGAGUUGUACCAAUCGGUAUCCUUUAAUGUUAAGGCAUUCUAUAUGAUUACACAGGAAUUACUAAAUUAGAUACAA